AUGGCUCUCUCCCCAGCCUUCGUUCCGGCACGAGGCGCCGUGGCUGGCGCUGGUGUGGCUCCUGGUGCGCAGGUCUCAGCUCCGAAGGCGCUGAAGGCUGCUCCGGACGGAAGUCGCCCGAGCCUCUUGUCCUUCCAGCGGGUGGCGCUCGGCUCGGCGCUGCUGGCUGGCAUCCGUGGCAUCCGUGGCAUCCGCCGCUCGGCUCGCGCGGCCAAAGUGCGGAGGUGUGCGGAGGGAUCCAGAGCGAGCACUGCGGUGAAGCUGAGGGACCCAGAAGACCCGAUGGCACUGGAGAAGGAGGCCGCGAAGCUGCGAUCUGAAGUGGCAGACCUGGAAGCGCAGCAGGAAGCGGCGCGGCGAAAGGAGCGCCAGGCGCUUUUCCGCGUCCUGGACAGCGACAGCGAUGGGGAGCUGGACGCCAGAGAGCUCCAGAAAGGCGUCAAGCAGGUCAUGGGGGCCGACGUGGACGACGAGACGGCCGAGCGCUUGGUGAAGGCUCUGGAUGUGAACGGCGAUGGGAAGAUUCAGCCGGAGGAGCUCGACUUCAACACGGUGCAGCGACUACUCCAGGAGUUCAGGAGGGAGAUGCAGAGCAAGGAGGAGGCAGAGCGGACUGCGGCCUAUGCCAACGAGGAGAAGGACAUGCUCCGCGCGGAGUGGGAUCAGUUCCUUGCCAACAGGCCAGCUCGCAACGACGACACGGGACUUCUGACUCGCCUGGGAGCCUUUGCGGCCUAUUUGCUGCCCUUGACCGACGCCUUGCGCUUUGGCAUGUUCCUGUUUGCUGCCUUUCCAGCCAUCCAGCCACUGCUGAACCUUCUGGUUGUGCCCGUGCUCCUCAUCAAUGCCCUGCCGUUCGGGCUCGGCUACCUGGCGUUGUUCUUCGGAAUGCAGACCCUGGCUGCCAACAGGGAGCUCCCCGCACUGCUGCGGUACAACCUGCGUCAGGCGAUCACUUUGGACGUCGUCUUGGUCUUCAUGGGUCUUGUGGGUGGAGUGUUCCAAGCCAUCGCCGGCCUGGCCGGCAGCCCCAUCCCCUUGGAAAUCUCCGGCGGGCUCAGCACCGCGAUCUACCUGCUGGUCUCUGCCUGCUGCGUCUACUCCAUGGUGGCGAGCCUUUCUGGCAACUACCCCAAGGGCCUGGGGCCGCUCUCAGAGAUCGCGGAGUUCCAGAUCUUUGACACGGCGCCGACUGACGGUGAGGAGGACACGUCGAAGUUCUUCAAGUUCUUCGACGAGAGGAAUGAGAAGUGA